UUCCUGAAUGACUUGCAUGCAGAAAAGUAACAGAAAGGAGAAAUCUCUUUUUUUUUUGGUGCCUUACAGCAUCUGCAGUUCAUUUUAAAAUCAAAACCCCUGCAUCCUCUGAUUCAUUCCCGAAGUUGCUUGGAUGUUUCAUUGUUCAGUGCAUGACACCAGGCUGAAUCUGCCCCGGCUGGCAUCGUGGGGGGAAUGUUCCCAACUUGGGGUUUCUGUGUGGAUCUCCUACAUUGUCAUCUGCCUCGCUGCAGCCUGGGGACAAUGAUUUUUUCUUGCAUGGGUCACGCUGACAUUGUAAAAUACCGGGAAGGAGCUUCAUUCCGGCGAGUGUAAAGGGCGGGGAUGAGAUAGCAACAGCUUUUCCUGGAUUUGUACCUGGCUGCCAAGUGCUGUAAAUCCCUUUCAGCCCUGUGUUAUAACAGGAGAGCAAUACGUGAGGUGCAUGUGCCUGGUGCUGCUGGGGGAGUGGAAGGGUCUCUAUUGCAGGGCUGGGGGAUGUUCCUUCUCCUUUUGUGUUGGGAUUUGGUGCAGGAGAAAGGUUUUUAAACUAGAGACAGUGCAGAAUUCCUGCUCGCUGGGUGUCAGCUCCAGCCUCGGCUUUUCUGUGCUGGAAGCCCCCGUGCUCAGAACAAUGAAAGCUUCAGAUCUCUAGGGUUCACCAAACUAUGGAACUUGAUUUUGGACACUUUGACGAAAGAGACAAGGCGUCCAGAAACAUGCGAGGCACACGGAUGAACGGCUUGCCCAGCCCCACUCACAGUGCCCACUGUAGCUUCUACAGAACCCGGACCUUACAGGCGCUGAGUAACGAGAAGAAAGCCAAGAAGGUUCGUUUCUAUCGCAACGGGGACCGCUACUUCAAGGGGAUUGUAUACGCCGUGUCCUCCGACCGCUUCCGAAGUUUUGAUGCUCUCCUGGCGGACCUGACCCGCUCCCUGUCCGACAACAUCAACCUGCCCCAGGGAGUGCGGUACAUCUACACCAUCGAUGGCUCGCGGAAGAUCGGCAGCAUGGACGAGCUGGAGGAAGGGGAGAGUUACGUCUGCUCGUCCGACAACUUCUUCAAGAAGGUGGAAUACACCAAGAACGUCAACCCCAACUGGUCUGUCAAUGUGAAGACCUCUGCCAACCAGAAAGCACCUCAGUCCCUGGCCAGCAGCAACAGUGCCCAGGCCAAGGAGAACAAGGAUUUCGUGCGCCCCAAGCUGGUGACCAUCAUCCGCAGCGGCGUGAAGCCCCGCAAGGCUGUGCGUGUGCUCCUCAACAAGAAAACUGCCCACUCCUUCGAGCAGGUCCUCACUGACAUCACUGAGGCUAUCAAACUGGAGACAGGGGUGGUCAAAAAGCUCUACACCUUGGAUGGCAAGCAGGUGACCUGUCUCCACGAUUUCUUUGGGGAUGAUGAUGUGUUUAUCGCCUGCGGUCCAGAAAAAUUCCGCUAUGCACAGGAUGACUUUUCCCUGGAUGAAAGCGAGUGCAGGGUGAUGAAGGGGAGCCCAGCAGGAGCCACGGGCAGCAAAUCCUCCCCCACCCCUCAGAAGAGCUCGGCCAAGAGCCCCGCGCCCAUGCGCCGCAGCAAGUCCCCGGCCGAUUCAGGUAACCACCACGAUGCCAAUGGGACGUCCAGCAGCCAGCUGUCCACACCCAAAUCCAAGCAGUCCCCGAUCUCCACCCCCACCAGCCCAGGGAGCCUCCGCAAGCACAAGGUAGACUUGUACCUGCCUCUGUCCUUGGAUGACUCGGAUUCCCUCGGGGACUCCAUGUAGAGCACCACGGAGCGAAAUGUCCAGAUUGCAUUUGGGAUACAGAAAGUACCUCUGCCCAAACAAGCAGAUGGGUGACUGGUGCUUGCAAGUCAAAGGACACACGGUUAAAUGUCAUUUUUGUUCUGUGAUUUCUCCUCUCUGUGCCACAAACCAACACCUGCCAGUCUAUAGAGAUAGAGGGAUACCAUUCUUCUGAGUCCCAGGGGUGCAAAAUGGGCAUUGUGAGAAAUUUGGGCCAACGAUUCUGUGCAUUUCCCAUUUUCUUCUGUCAUUUCUUCUUCUGCUGCAGCCACGUGGUUUUCCUAGUGUUAGUAGAGUAGCUCCCCUGGAGGUGUGCAAAAGGAGCCCAGGCUGAGCAGUUUGCAAGCUGGAGCAGAGCAGAUGAUGUUCUCCACCCGUGCAAACUGCCAGCCUCUGCCAGCUCACUGCUCCUCAUUCACAGCCCCCCUUUUGGCACCUGCAUUCCAACAAGUCUUGGUUUUAUUGUGGAGGGCAGGCAGGGAAGUUCUAGUUUGAUGUUUAAUAUGCCGGCAGAAGCUUGGAUGAGAUUAGGAGUGAUUGUGUCAGAUGCUAAGUAAGGUUAGUACAAUAAUUCAAAUUAUUCAAAUAUUGAUUUUUGUUUGUUUGUUUGUUUGUUUUUCAAUAACUAAGCAAAACCAUAAAUCAGCUGAGUUAUCUGGAGUAGAACACCUUCCACAUGCAAUCCAAGGAUGCUGCUAGCUGGUAACAAAUAUUUAUACCUCCCCUAUGGUAUCUCUCUAUCUCUGUUUGUAACAGUAAUGCCUUGUGAACAGCCAACACUGAAAACACUGUGAGAAUUUGUUUUCAGGUUUGACACCCUAUAGGUCACUUUUUAUAGCAAAAAAUCAAUACACUUUUUAUAAAGGAAAACCUUGUAUCUGUGUUUUGGGAGUAAGGAUUCAAGCUCCUUCUUUUUUAUAAAAGCUGGUAAUUUUCUUUUGUUUAAAAAACACGUUCAGAAAAAAAAAAGUACAAAAAAAAAAACCAACCACAACUGCAGAACAAUAAUAAGAGCAACUCCGUUUAGAAAUCUUGUCAUCGCUGCCAAAACAGACACGUGUGGGGGUGGGAAAUGGUCAAUUCAAAAUGUUGAAUGUUUUGAUAGUUUUUGUAAUGUUUAAGACUAUGUAUUUGGUUUUUUACACUUCAGUAUUCCUAACUAUGGCCAGAUUCUCUUCUUAUAUAACAAAUGAAGUUUUGUGGUGUUCUAAAACCCGUAUUUUAAGAAACUCUUCUAUCUGAGAAAAACAAACUCGCUGUAUUUAGAGAAAGCUUUUGCUUUUAUUAAUCAGCAAUGCCUCCUCCAGAAUGCAAAGCUCAUCUGCUGGUUUUUACUGGCUUUGUCCUAGGCCAGCUGCCAUUGCCUCCCUCCCUCAUGGACUAAGCUUUGAUAAAACUGAUUCUUGCAGAACUUUACCUAAAUGAAAUCUGUGCAAUCAAGCCUUUCUUUGUUGCUCUAUUUGCCUUUUUUUUCUCCCAGCAUAGACACCUACUCCCUGUUGCCUUGCAACCCCUUGUGAUUAGGAUGGAUUUUAUCCUUGUGAUGUUUGAUGCUCCAUGUAUGCUGGGUUGUUCCCAAAGCCACUCCACGUUUUGUUUGCUUGCAUUGCUGGGGUGAAACAAUCUGUGCAGGCUGCAUCUUUCAAGGCUCGUGUGAUCAUACUUAAAAUGCAACUUUUUAAAAGAGAUUUAUCCAGAGAGAGGCCAGGAUUGGGAACUGUCAAGGGGUCAGAGUUAUCAUGCACCAAAUUUGCACCCAGUAGUGUUAGUGCAUGAUCAUUUGCACCCAGAGUUUUGCACAAGAAACCAUUUGUUCUCACUGAUAGCUUCAUUUGAUUGAAGAACUCUCUGACUGCACAACUGCUAACUGGUCAUUUUAAAUAUUGUAAAUAAAAUCCUGGGGUCAGUUCACAGGCUAAGGGCUCGUGUUGAGGGGUUGGGGGGGAAGGAUGGUGCUGUGGACAAAGCUUGGGUGCAGCAGUCAGCACACCUCUCAGCCCUUGGCAUUGCUGAAUUUUGUGUCUGAAUGGGAGCAGGUCUCUGAGUAACCCUGUGCCUCAAUCUGUCUGUCUGUCCCUGCAGGGACAGCUCUGUUCUACCUCACUGGGGGUUGUGAGGCCAAAUGUUGAUAACAUUUGUCAAGUGCUUUCAGAUCCUCUAACAGAAGGUGCUGAAAUAUUCUGGGUGCAGAUUUGGUUAUGGGUGCUAAUUUUUGGCUGUUUAAUCCUGUGAGUGCUACUGUAGACAUUGGUCAUGGGCAAAAAGGACUUUUUAAAGCAUAAAGAUGUCAAAGGCCUUGGUUAUGCUAAUAACAAUACUACUCACCAGAGCUUUUGUCUUGGAAAGCUUUAGUGGGACACAUAAUUUGACAUGCUUUUACCCUGUCCCCUGUUCUGCUGGUGGAAAUCUCAGCCUCUCCCUGAGCCUCUGCCUUUCCAGGGACCCUGAGCAGUGGCCAUGGAUGGACUGGAACUGCAGCCCAGGGUGCUGUCAGCCACACCAGGGACCAGCCAUGCAGUCCCAUCCAGGCUCUCUUGCUGCUCAGUGCAGGACACCCACCAGGAAACCCAAAUCUUUGCUCUCCUGGGCUGCUCUCUGCAGCCUCAGCUGCUGGUGGGAGGGAAGGAAUCUGGGAGAUGCUUUCACCCAGGGUCUGAGAGUGCAGUUUGUGUAAGGGAAAGGAUCCCAAGGGAGGAAUGAGCCUUUGUUUGGAUGGUGUUGAGAAAGGGUUCCUUUCCUUCCUGCCAAAAGCUCUCAGGAUAUUUGGAGAGGCUUUUCCUGGUGGAGCAUCACUAAGGAAUCACUGAGCUCGUCCUCCUGAGCUGCACCUGGUGACACAUCUAAAACCUGAUCCUGCAGAUUCUCCCUUGGGAAUGCAGCUUUGUUUGCAUGAGGAUCACCCUGUGGUGAGGCUGAGAUCAGAAAUUCCUUCAGGGAAUUCGGGGGACCUUGAAAAGGCCUAAAAGAAUCAAAAUAAAUUGUUCAGUGGGAAAAUAGCCAUUCAAACCAGCAGAAGCCACAAAGAAAACAGGGUAUGAGGUCGAACUCCCAAGUUUUAAGAAGCAAUUUUCUAGGCAGAAAUGCCUGGGCAGUAGAAGUCAGUGAGCAUUUCAGCUGUAGCAUAGAGUGAAGUUUGUAUUAAUGCCAAUAUUGCAUGAGUUCUUGUACAGAAAUGCAUGUGGAAUGUUGCAUACAUUCAGAACUAGUUAUCUUUGGCUUUGUAGGAUCCCUCACCUAGAUUUGAAUACAAAGAGAAACAGUGCACAGGCAUCACACUGUAGUUAUUUAAACAGAAGGACAGCCCUGAUUCAGGAAAGAACUUAAAAGCUUAAAUUUUAGCACGUGCUUUACUCCUGUUGACUUUUCACGAGAUUAAGCUUGGGUUUGGUCAGAAAGCUUUCCUGAACUGCUGUGAAUUUGUAAUUAUUUCCAAUAUAGUAGAGUAAUUCCAGGCCCUGUGAGAUACUGGAGCAGAUGAUAGUAAUUCCACUACAUACUGCAGAGUUCACCUUUCAUAUUUAUUUUUUUUUAACAUUUACAAGCACAUAAAGCUCCACAUGAUAUGAGGAUUUGCCAUAUUAAUUCUGCUAUAAAAACCCUGUCUAAUUUGCCACAUGAGGCUGCCUUUAGUGCUUUCAGAGACUAAUUGAAUCACUGAGACUAUAUUGUUUUAAAACAAUAAAGUAUUUAAAAACAAAUUGGAGAAACUCUUAAAGUAGCAGGGCUUUGUUUCUUUGAAAUCUGCCUUUAUUCAGUAUAAUUUAGCAAAUUUGUAUAUAAAGAUCCCUGUUUCAGACAGUCAUUAGGAAGGAAUAACACAGACUGAGGGGUUUAACAUUUUUACACUCAGAUGAUGGUCUUGACUUUAUGAGAGCAAUGCAGCAAAACCUUCAGCCUUGGGAUUUUUAUCACUUAAAGCAUUUAUAAUCCUGAAGUUUCUGGUUUAAAGCCUCAUCUGGUAUAAGAUUUGGAGCUAUUUCAGUUCCACCAGCUAAAUAUCUUGAAGUGAUUUGGAAAGAGUUUGAUAAUGGGAUUUUACUUUGUGGUGGGAGUUGGAAGCAGCUUUUCCCUACCACUGUCUGUGUUUCUGCACAUUAUUUAUGGUCUUCUCAGGAGCUAGAAACACUAAUUGUGCUAUUUCCAUAGACAAUAGAAGAAUCCUGCUUAGAAAACAACUCCCACAUCUCUCUCAUGCUCAGCUAACACAUGUGUAGGCAUACAAAAAAACCACACACUUGGUCGAGCUGCUAUUUAUUUAUCUCUCAUUUGCUUGUUCAGUACUUUUGAAGGGGAAAAAAGGAGGUAGAAUAAAAAAUUGUGGCAAACAGCAAAGCAGUGUUACACCCAGGCAUUUCCAAUGGGAAACAAGGGCAUUAAAGUGUUAGUUUCUCCUUAUCCACGUGGAUAACAUUCUCCAGGAUGCCUUGUCUUUGCUUUUUCACACCUUUGAGGUCAGUGCUGCUGCUUCCCAGCACACCCUGUGCGAGUGCUCUGGGAUUCCAGGCUGAAUCCCUACCAGGACACUGUUCCAGGGACAGCCAUCCCUGGAAGUGGCUCCUUCUCUGCAGGGUCCCAGCGUGGAUUUUGCACUCAGAGCCUUCCCCAGAGUGAUUUGGGCACUGACCUCGGGGUGCCCCACAGCCAUGCAAAGCAACAGAGAGUUCUCUUCCACUGUAGUCGAGGCAGAAUCAUUUUUAGAGAAAGGGAUUAAAAAUUAGCCAAGUAAAGUAGAUAUAAAAUUAGUCUAGCAAGUGUCUCCUCAAGCUAAGACAAUCCACAACCAGAGAAAAGCUCUUAGAGGUGUGUUUACCACACAUCACCACCAUGGAACAAAACAUCUUUUUCCACGUGGUGGCUUAGGCUCCGGGUUAUUUUUCUGGUUGCUGAUGGAAGCAGGCUGGGACAGUGUUUGGGACUGGUGAGGUUCUUUGUAGAAGCAAAUGGAUGGCACAAGAUGAGGAUCUUUUUUCUGUGUAUCUAAAGAGUCAGGUCAGUCCAUGAAACAGGAGUGCUUUCCACAAGACACCUGGAAGAGAUCCAGCUGAAACCCCACCUUGGUGUGUUGGAUGCAUCAUGAUGAGAGCAGGAAGGUGAAGACUUUAAGUGCCUUCUAACAUCCCUUGGGCUUCAGAAGCAGGACUGUGCAUGUGCCCAGCAAGGCCUAGGGUUCAAUGGCCUUGAUCAAAGGAGACAGGGCACACUUUAAUUCUCAAAGUGUUUAUUUUUCUUGAAAAUUGCUGUCUCCAGAACCACAGAUUUCUUCUGGCUGAUGCCUCUGUCAUGAAUCUGAGCCUCUCCACAAUAUCUCAGGAAAUGUUAAAGCUGAGUCUUGUGUCUCACAGCUGCUCCUCACUGUGGAUGAACAGGGCUGGGUUUGCUGCAGUGGUUGUUUCUGCUGUUCAGAUGUUCUUCAUCCUCCUCCUCCUCUGCUCCUCGUGGCUUGAGCUGGUUUCUCCUGGUGCCUGCAGGUGAAAGGCUGGGAGCAGCAAUGGAUAGACCCCUCUUUGUUUUGUUUUGUUUUCUUUGGGACAGUUCUAGUCAGAUGAUUGAAGGUGUGAGGCCAAGCUGACAAACCCAUUUCUAAUAGGGAGAGGGAAGAUUUUCAGGGAAUAGAAGCAGGAGGAUGGAAAGGCUUUUUCCAGCAGUGUCAUUGCACAGCUGCUCUGACAGGAUCCCAGCUGCAGGCCAUGGUGGGAGUGCUACACCUGCAGGUGAAAAUGUGGAAUUUUGGGGUCACAGACCAGUGUCCAUCCCUCAGAACACUGCUUAGAGGAGGUUAAACACAUCAACACCUAUUUUUGGCCAACAGAUGAGCUUCUGAGCAAAUGAGAAUCAAACCUAGUGGAUUCAGCAGUGGGGUUUCAGAGCCAUUGGGGUUUCAGAGCCAUUGGGGUAUGGCACAGCUCUGGACAGAUCACUUCUCCUUUUGCCAUGGUGUCCCAGUGCACAGAGGGCUGGUCCCAAAAUUUCCCUCCACUUGUAGGGUGCUUUGAGAUAAGCUGAUACAAAGAGCUUGGUUUUAAAAUGCAUUCAUUGCUCAGCAAAGUCUGAACACCUUAUAGAAGCAAACUGAAUCUCUGGCAAGUCUCUUACAGACAUCUGUCUCUCUCAAAACUCUGCUGUAAAAAUGCUUAAAUAUUUCAGUCAUGGGGAAAGACAGACACCUCAUUUUUAGUUCCCCAUCAAAAGUAUGGGGGAGCCAGCAACAUCCCUGGGAGGAAGGAGACACCCUCACCCAGCAGCCUAAAUACAGCCCCCACUGCCCCUUUUUGUCAGAUGUACAUGCACAUUUCGGGGCAAUUCGUGCUAGUAGUCAAAAUAUGGGCCUUGUGUUUACAAACAGUGAAGAAAUCUAAUUAUUCCAGUGGCUUUCUACCAUGAAAACAGUGGGCCAGGUGUUGAAAACCUUGUUUAGAAAACAUUCAUGGCCAGAUGUCCACAUGGGAGAGAGCUGCCUUGCAGUGUCUGCUUAGUGCACUUGAACUCACUUCUUGUGACUCUUGCUUUUUAUCUCCAUGAACUCAGGACUCUCGAGCCAGUUUGGAGGUUCCCAGGUCUGACAGUUCAUCACUCAAACUGAAGAAAAAGGAGGAUGCCCAAAGGGAAUUAACAAAUCUUGGCAGUAAUUAAUCUGUCAGCCGAAGAAAAGAAUGUUGGCAUCAUCAGGGAAAGAUGCCAGGAUGGAAAACACAAGAAAGGAAGGGAAAAGCCUGUUCCUUGGUGGGGGAUGUUUGUUAGGAGGUAGGGGUAGGUACUGAGUCAUGAAAUGAGCUGGAGCUUCAGAGAAAAUCCAAUGGCAGGGAGAGCAUGAGGCACAGCACAGGACAUGUCAGUGCCACUGGUGUGUGGGAAUAAUGAAAGACAAAAGCCAAGAAAUUCUGGGGACAAACAAAGGAGGAGGCUGGGGCUAACUGAGGAUCUGUGGCUUGGUUUGGAGAGAAGAGCAGCAGCAGCUGCUGGCUGUUUGUAGAGUCACUGUCCUGCAGGACCUGAGCAGGGGCAGUGUCUGUCCACAGCACUGUCUGUCCCUCUGUCCUUGGCAGAAAUGAGAUCAAACCUGGCUGCAGGCAGAACUUGGUGUGAGCUCCUCUCCUGCCAGCAUGUGCCAUCCCUCAAAGGAGAUCCAGCCCUGGCUGAAGGACAGCACAAAGCUGUGGGCUGGGUUUAUUUACCCUGACACUCCUGCCUGUGUCAGAAAUCACUGAUCAGCACAAAGCUGUGGGCUGGGUUUACUUACCCUGACUGUUUAUUUAUCCUGCUUGUGUCAGAUCAGAAAUAGCUGAUCAGAAAUCACUGAUCAGCACCAAGCUGGCACUCUGGGGAAUAGAGGAGAAUAAUGAGGGCACCUCAGAGCCUCCCACACCUUCCCACAGGGCUCAGCAAACUCUGGGAGAAGUGGCAACCAGGGUGAAAAGCAGGACAGACUCCAGGGGAGGUUCCCUGUGUGGGCACAGAGUGAGGCUGAUCUUGCCCAGGAAAUGCCCACCCCCUGUGUGAGAGCUGCUGCAGCCACCACAGCUGUGCUGAACAAGGGCAGCUGUGUUUAACACUGCUUUUCUCACGAGAUCUUUCCUAAAUUCAGUUCAGUUUGAGUGCUUGUGAAUUUAAUUCUAAACCACAAAAUAACUGACUUUUGCACUUUUUUUGCUGCAUAGUCUCAGAUUAUUUUUUUGUUGCAUAAAUAUUGCAUCUCUUUUAUUUCCAUAAAUUCUUAGACACUCAAUAUAAUGCAAAUGGAGCCCAAUGCACCUAAUUUUCUGCUGCUUUAACCAGCCAGAAGCUCCUCUGUAAUUAUUUUAUGAAUCUCUUUGGUCCAAGGUUGGUCUCCUAUUUCAAAGACUGAUAAUUCUUGUGUGAUUGAUUACAGUGAGUGAAGAUUCAGUUUCCUGGGUGACAGCUGCAGCCUUUGCAGAGAAAACCUCAUUGACCCCAUUAUAAAGUGAUCUCUUGUAUGGACCUUGAAUAGCAAGCUAUGGGUGGGAGAUAUUUUGUGUAGUUUAAUUAGAGUAUUGAUAAAACUGAAAUAGUUUGUUGAAAUACCUUAAAAGUUUUAGAAUUGAAAAUUUAAAAAGGAACCUCAGCAAAUCAGGGCCUCCUCUAUAUUUUUUGCUUCUAAAGAGUGUUGGCUUUAUCUGACUUUACUCUCAGUUUACCAGUCAACAUUCUCUGAGCCCAGCAGGUUUACGGAACUAGAAAUAGUAUUUCUAUUUCUACCAAUAUUUUUCUACUCUAGUCCCAGCCAGUACCAGGCAGAACAGAGAUUUAUGGUUGGUUUGGUUUUUAGAAAAAAGCAUUGCCAGAUGUCUCUGAAAUAAAAAGAAAGGUUUGGUUCAUUUUAGGUGACUUAUCUAAACUCAAGGCUGCUUUGGAUUUUAUCCUGGCUGGUUCUUCCAUCUCUCUUUGCAAGAGGUGUGUAGAGGUAAUGGAGCUGAAUUGGAGUCACAUUUUCACAAUGGGGUUGUUGCAGAGCACAUAAGCAGUCAGGAUGGAACACAGUGGUGGCACCUGGGCAGGGAGAGCCAGAACCAAACCCUGCCUCUGAUCCCUGACUUCCCCUGAAUUCCCUCUGGGAAACCCCUGCACAGGGUCAGACUUGGGAAAUACCUGUCAGGGACCAAAUGAACCCCAACCUUGGGACCAGGCCCAGUUCUCAACAUGACAAAUUUCAUUUUCAGAGAAUCCCUGAGAAACAUUUGUGGGAUUUAUUUUUGUUGUUUUUUGGGUUUUGGGGUUAUGUGGGGGGAGUAUUUUGUCAUUUUUUUAAAUUACAGCAUGGGUGCUUUUCUCCAUCUGCUUCCAACCAUUGCAGAGCAGGUAUGAAUGCACUUGUCAUUUCCUUAGCAGGUGGCAGGUGUGAUAUUGUUCUUCCCUCUCAUACUGACCAUACAGUCACAGGGGGUUCCAGAACACACAGCUUUUUUUUUCCUUUCUCUCCCUCUCUUUAAGACAGGGGAGCUUUUUCCAGAUUUAGUGUGAUGUCUAAUGAUGCAUCUGCCUAAAAAGAAGAAUGUCUAGGGAAUUAAUUGCACUGCUAAUUGGUGUUUUUAGAUAUGGUGAAGCAGGAGUAUUGAAUGUAAGAACAAGGAAGCCUGUGUGCUAUGAUUACAUGCUGAAUUCUGACAUGUGAAAUUGUUGUUAGUUUGCUUCUUAUUUAAAUGAUGGGUGAUCCAAGCAGCUUUAGCACCCUGGCAGUCUGAGUACAGCUGUGAUUAGCAAUUAGAAGACACCCAGGGUCUUUUGGAAAGAGGAAACCUGUCUAGCCAAAUCUAUUCUCUGAGAUGACACAUUCCCCUCCAUAAUUCUCUGGCUUUUGUGUCACUGUCUAGUCUGGAAGCACAGGAAAGGAGGACCAGCCUGCUGGCUUUGCUGUCAAAGCCUUCUUCUGCUUUCUCAGUUACAAAUGCUGUCCCAAGCUGAGGUGAGCAGCUCCCAUCCCCUCAGCCUGAGCUCCUCACACUGCUCCUGAGUGGAGAGCAGGAACUGCCUUUGCUCAGGACCCUGCAGCUCCAGAGGUGCUGAGGGAGGGAGAUGUGCAGCUGAGCUGGACCCUGACCAUGGAUUCCUGUCUUAGGUCAUUCAUCGCGUUCGUGUGAUUUCCUCAUUAACCACAAAGCUGCAAUAUAAUAUAACUGAGAGGCCACUUGCAUUUUUCCUCCUGUUCAGAGGGUGGGGGUUGGAGGGGCAGCUGGGUUUAAAGUUUAGCUGGUAUACUUUAAACUCUGUGUACAUAACCUUGGAGGACACGAGGGUGGGAAGGGGUCCGUGGUUAUUUUGGUGGGAUUGGUAAACUUCAGGAUGUUUUUGUUUAAAGAAUAAGAUAUUUAAUUAAUGACAUUGUACAAAGAGCUAUUAAUUUAAAUGGUGCUUUUGUUCUCCUACCCCAGCCCUGUCUAACCUUUUCUUUUUGGCAAGCCUGCAGCAAUGCUGAUCAUGUUGACUUUCAUACCUUGGGGGAGUGUGUGGAAGGGGAGGGGAAAUGCUUUUCUCUUCAGACAAAUAACGUUGCCCAUAGUUAACUUCCUGCUUGGAUACAUACCUUGAAUUCCCUUUAUGCUGAGUUUUUAUGUGAAGGUCUCUUCAAAGGGACAGAACAAGCAGAGGUUAUUCCAAAAGAUCUCAACUGUAUCAUCUUGUAAUAUAUUGCAGCUUUAUGCCAAUGAUUCCUUGCUUACCUGUACACAGUCCAUGCAUGUUCUGAACUAAUUUUGCAUUCUCCAUUUGUGGUGAGUUAUUUAGCAUUUUAACCACCUUUUGUGCCAUUCAACUUGUACAGAAAACAUUUUUAUUGACAUUUUAAAGGGAGGGGGAAGAAAAUAAAAAGACCCCUUCUGCUCUCUAGUUGUAGGUAGAACUCAGUUACUUAGCAAACAGAUGUAGAUGAGUGGUUGUAGUGUUAGAAAUGUUGGCUUGCUCGUGAACAAGCUCUUGAGAGUAAAUGCAUGGUCCUGUACCUCUCUUUUCUUAAUUAGCUCUUCCUUUCCUCCUGGAAAGAUUCUCUCCCUCUCUCUUACUCUUUGUCUCUCUCUCUCUCUCUCUCUCUCGUGGUUGUAAAGUACAGAUUUGGGCAUAAAGAAAACGCUAAACCAGGUUUGAAAAGCAGUUCUCAACAGGUUCUCUCGGGGAACGUGUUUCUCGCAGUGCCUUGCCUCGGCACGCUGAUCAGAUCCAACUUCCAGGUACAGCAGGUGGAGAUCAGUGCCCUGUGACCAACCCCCACUCUGCUGGGGCUGGGGAGCGACCCAGCCUUUGGGAGUUUGGCUCUGGUGAGGGUGAGGUGCUGCUGGGCCACUGCAGCUGAGGCAAGAGAGGCACGAGCGGUGUUGGCCGUGGGCUCCACUCCUGGCGGUGGUGGCUGUCCCUGGACUCGUCCCACGGCCCCUGAUUUGCAGAGUUUGCACACACUUUUGAUUUUCCUGGAUACACAGCGAGGGGGUGGGGAUGGGAUAUGGGAAUUAUGUCGUUGGGGGGGUCUGUAGACAACUUCUCCAAGCUCUGAGUUGAGGACAAGGGGCUCCUUGUUUAUUAGCUGUGGUUCUGUUGGCAGUGGAGGACAGAAAACUCUUGGCAAAGUCUUGGAAAAGAUGGGGUCAUUCACAAAGAUGCAUUUUGUAAGAAAUGGACUUAAAGAAACCCCAAAAAGCCGUGCCACAAAAUCACAAAGUGUACCUAGAUCCACACCUCUAUUCCCUAUGGCUCUUCUCCCUUAACAGAAUUUCCUUUUGUCAGAAGAUUUGACUAGGAAAAAAUUCCAUUUUUGUGAGGUGUUGUGAACUGUUUUUACUACUUGUAAUAACCAUCCCAGGUCUGAGUAUUCUUGUAAUGCAAUGCCAUGCAGCAGAGAACCUGUCCACUUUAUAGCUUUGCUCUCAAUAUUUGUUACUCAUUGUUUUCUCAUCUAAAUGUACAUUUGCAAGAUGUGUGUAAUGUCAUUUUCAAAAAAUAAAAUUUGGUUUCAAUAUUUAGGCCGAUAAAAA